GCAAACUCGUACGUCGUUAAGCAAAGGCUUGCUAUGGACUUGUUUUCAACUGCUUAUCAGAAUUGAGAUAAUAAGUGCAUUUUUAGCCAUAUAUAAGUUUGUUUAGUCGUGAAUGGUUCAGCAGAACACAGCAGCUAGUCAAAAUGCAUAGUGCAUCUUACUUAAUAUACUUUCUAAUAGUGUUUGUGGGGCUUUUGGGUUACCUUUUCCGCAAAGCCAAAAAAACAUACAACUAUUGGACGGAACAUGGAGUGCCCAGCGAAAAUAAUACGCAUUUAUUAUAUGGCAAUCUUAAAGAAUCAAUUUUAUUGAAGAAAAGUGAUGCUGAAGUAUAUGGAGAGUUCUACCAGAAAUUUAAAAAAAGGGGACUAAAACACGGAGGUGUUUAUUUUUACAGCAGGCCCACCUGGAUUCUGGUAGAUCUUGAUCUAAUAAAAACUGUACUUAUUUCUGACUUUCAAUAUUUUGCGGCACAUAACCCAAUGUAUUUGAAUACGAUUUUCUUUAAUAACCUGUUUCAUAUGCAAGGAGAGCAGUGGAAGGAUAUGAGAAGAAAACUAGCUCCAACUUUUACAUCUGGAAAGAUGAAAAUGAUGUUUAACAUUCUGUUAGAAAAAACACAUGGAUUGGCCGAUUUAGUUGCCGAUAUGGCUAGCACGGGAGAAGCUACAGAAAUAAAAGAAUUAGUUGCUCGGUUUACAACCGAUGUUAUAGGUAGUUGUGGAUUUGGAAUUGAAUGUGACUCAUUAAAUGAUGUAAAUUCAACAUUCUUCCAGCAUGGACAAAACAUAUUCAAGAAGCUCACUCCAAAGGCUGCACCAAAAUUCUAUAAGCUUAUAUUACUCAGCUUAGGACUUAUGAAACGAUUCAAUAUCAAUUUAGAUGAAACUGAAGCGUUUUUCAGAAAACUUGUUGAAGAUACCGUUAAAUAUCGUGAAGAAAACAAAAUUGUUAGAAAAGACUUCCUACAUCUGAUGAUCCAGAUAAAAAACAAUGGUACAAUUACAGAUAUCUUAAAUGAUAGCGAUAUUUUCAUCAAAUCAAGAGAUGAAGCCGGUUUGUCUAUGGAAGAAAUGGUGGGCGAAUGUUUGUUAUUUUUUAUGGCCGGAUUUGAAACGUCUUCGACUACACUUUCAUUCGUCUUUCUUGAACUAAGUAGAAACCAAAGCAUUCAAGAGAAGUUGCGCAAAGAAAUCCACACUGUUUUGGAGAAAUAUAACGGCACACUUUCUUAUGAUUCGCUACAAGAAAUGACUUACUGCGAAUGCGUUAUAAAUGAGACACUCAGGAAAUAUCCGCCUGUAGCAAGUCUUCCACGAAUGUGCACAAAAGAUUAUGCAGUACCAGGAAGUGAUGCUCUAAUAGAAAAAAAUACGAUGGUUGUGAUUCCCCUUCUAGCUCUUCACAAUGAUCCAGAUUAUUUUCCUGAACCAGAAAAGUUUAUUCCAGAGAGAUUUAGUGCCAAAAAUGAAAAAAUUCCAUUCAUUUACAUGCCCUUUGGCGAAGGACCACGGCAAUGUCUAGGUUUGCGGUUUGGUGUAAUGCAAGUUAAAGCUGCUAUUGCGACGCUACUUAAUCGUUAUAACUUUACUUUAGACAAGAAAACCCCAUAUCCACCAAAAUUCACUCCUGGUUCACCAGUUCUUUCAGUUGAAGAAGGUGUUUGGGUCAGAGCCACAAAAGUAAAAUAGAGCUGUCGAAAAACUAUGAUUUUUGUAAAUUAGAAUAAUUGUUGGAUGAUAUAAUAAUAAAUAUAUUUCUUAAUCCCAAGUAACUUAGAGUAUGUCGUGUGAUCGAAAGUACUAUCAUAGUACAACAAAAAUUAAAAAACCAUUCAACUUGCAUUUGAUUAACCGAUUUGCAUUUACCGCAUUUGCAAUAACCGAUUUCAAAAAAUGAUCCUCAACUUAAAUAAAAGUUCGAAGUUUUAUGUGCUAAAUACUUACCUUUUAGUAUUCAAGGCUGAAUCUAGAAUUGCCAUACCUGAAAUUUCUAUACGUAACGUCUUCCGCUCUACGAUUAAUUAAGCAUACUAAUAACCUAAUUGUUGAUAGAUAAUAAUUGUUUACAGUUAGCCGUUUCAAAGCAAGUUCUGACCUCGUCGGAGUUUUCGAUCAUGUCGAUUUGAUGGCUCAUCGAAGUGUGUUAACAAUAAAAUUACAAAUCAAGGGGUUAAAUUAAUAAAAUAAUGACUUUACGCAAACUUACUUACUUAGCUGAUUGAAAAAUCGUUUUUCAGGUUCCUAAUUUUAAAUAUAACUUUGUAGGCUACUAGUUUCGAAAAUACGGGGUAUAGGAAUUUCGAGGCUUAUAAAUUUGACCAUUGGCACAAUUUUCCCUUGUAAGUAUUUUUAUUAAUAUAUAACAAUUGUUUACUCA